GGCCCGAGCAGCCGAUUCAGUCCACCAUAGUACGUCGCGAGCGCUGGUUCGACCACCACGCCGCCCCGCCGAAACCCCACCGCGCGAGCUGUGCAAACAGAUACACCACAGUGAAUGUCACACGACUCGUCUAGUGUAUUCCGCCUGUAAAAAUAUUUCAAUGGCGCCCGCGCAAAAGAACGUCGACGCCGACGUGUGCGACACCGACCUGCCUUCACAAAUCAAAAUGAGGCUUAUUGCUAUAGACAAUAAGAGCCAAAACCGAGAACAUUGUGAUAACAAUAAUUCCGUGGACAAUAUUAGUGAGAAAGUGAACGUGGAUACAGGGUUCGACUUGGAAAAAUACGAGUCUAUGGAGUUCAAAUCGAAGUUUAGAUGGCCCGAUCUGACUGUACAAGUGUUGUUGCAUUUAGUUUCUAUAUACGGACUGUACCUGAUAGUUACAUUUAAAGUGACAUUCUUAACAACGAUUUUUGCAUUCCUGACAAUUUACACAUCGGGCUUCGGCAUCACAGCGGGCGUGCACCGGCUGUGGUCACACCGUGCGUACCAAGCCCGUACACCGCUACGGGUGCUACUGGCGCUGCUCUUUACCAUCACCGGACAGCGUGAUAUCUACACGUGGGCGCUAGACCACCGCGUGCACCACAAGUACACGGAGACGGCGGCGGAUCCGCACGACAUCCGGCGCGGCUUCUGGUUCGCGCACGUGGGAUGGCUCGUUCUCACGCCGCACCCGGCCGUCGAGGACCGUCGCGCCGCGUUCAGGCUCACCUCGAGGGACCUCGACUCGGAUCCUGUAGUUGCUUGGCAGAAAAAAUACUUCAUCCCUUUGUUCGCGCUGCUGAAUGUGAUCCUACCCGUAUGGAUCCCGUGGUACUGCUGGGACGAGUUGCUGGUGAACAGCUUUGUGGUCAGCUUCGUCACGAGAUUCACCAUCACGCUCAACAUCGCAUUCUGCGUCAACAGCUUUGCGCACCUUUGGGGGAACAAGCCUUACGACAGGUUCAUAAAGUCGACAGAGAACGUGAUGGUAAGCUUGGCUGCCCUGGGUGAGGGCUGGCAUAACUACCACCACGUGUUCCCGUGGGACUACAGGACCUCCGAGCUCGGGCGCAUCAACAUCUCCACAGGCUUCAUUGACGCUUUUGCUAAAAUUGGAUGGGCUUAUAAUUUAAAAACAGCAACAAAUGCCAUGAUUAUUAGCCGAGCGAAGCGAAGCGGGGACGGCACCUUGGGGGACAAAGAGGAGCCCGAUCCUACGCUGAAAAACGAAGGCAUCGAAUGAGGCGGCAACUAGGAUACUAAAUAGGCCCUCACACCCGACGCUGGAAAGCGGCAAUUACAAUUCGACAUUUCGGCAAAACAUUCCUUUUGAGACAUUUUCAUUUUGUGCUCUAAAUUUAAUUUGUGAAAUGACUGCUAGAUUUUUGUAGUUUUUUUUAAAUGAUGUUAUUAAAAAAAGGGACCUCACAGUCGAAUCUUACCAGCGUAAGUUACCAGUGUUAACGAUUAUUGCAUUUGUACAAAUGCAAUCCGAUGUGAUGUUAUCGCUAAUCGCCAUAGAGUAUUUUUUUAUCCGAAAACGGCACUUAUGUAAUAAUAAUUACGUUAAAUGCGUUAGUGUCUGAAAAAUGUAUUUACAGUACAUAUGGUGCUACUUUACCGCACUAGUGCGAAAAUUAGCAUAUUACGUUACUGUAUCGAACAUUUUAAGGGCCUAUAUGUACAUUAAAACGUUGUACAAUACAUGUGCGAAUAGGUAAUUCGCAACUCGUGUCGAUUUAAAACACUCCCUUCGGUCGUGUUUUAAGUUAUCGCAACUCGUUUCGAAUUUCUUAUUUUUCGCACUUGUAUCAUAAUGUACUAUUAGCUUAUCGUUGUCUUGAAAUGUAUAUAGGAAUACAGAGUGAUUUUGUUACGUGCGACCAAUAUGAAGAUCAUACUGAACAACUUUAACUUCCUGCCUACUUGUAUUUUUAAGUUGAACUAUAUACUCCAUACAUACAGGUGGUAUAUGUCCUAUGGCAUAUAUAUGUGGUGUGGUAUAUGUGGUGGUAUAUGUCAGCACACAGGCACAAGGUUAUAUGGGACCCCGAAAACGUAAAAAAACAUCUGCUGUCUCAUACGUUUUGGCGAAUCAUACGUCGAUAUUUUCUAUGGGGCAGCAGAUUUUUUCCGCGAUUUCGGUGUUGGCCAUAGGGCCAAUAUAUAUAGAUAUAUCGCACUAUAACGCACAGUUGAGGACUACCAACCACCUAAGUGGUGAGGAUAGGAAUGUUGUUGCGUAGGGCGAUGGCGAAACGAAGCGGCAGGGAUUAAUCCGAACAAUUCCUCGGAGCACUCCCCGUUAUAUAUGCGACCGAAAAUGCAGAGCGAGGCCACGCAGCGCCAAGGAGUCAAGUCGAUCCGAAAUACGCUGGCAGUCAACAAUUCGAGUCGCUCUUCGUUGGAUGCGGUCCAGAGAGAGAAGCUGAUACUGGGGUGCCCCUGCCCAAUCUGCCCAUAAAUGAGAACAGUAUUCCAUGUGUGGGCGCACCUGCGCCUUAUAAAGCUGUAGGCGGUGGCCGGUGUGAAAUACUGUCUCGAUCUGUUGUCCUAUAAGUAGUAAAAGUUGUUUAAUAUGAUAUCCAUCCCUCAGAGUAUGAUCAGAGAUAACGACAUCACCCCGUAUAUUUUGAGAUUAAGCUUAUUAUACUAGUUUAAGUCAAAGCGUGAUAUUGGUUUUGUAUCGAGAUACAGGUACAGAGUCCUUCUAAGCUAACUUUGUAAACGUCAUAUUUUCAUAGAAAUUUUACCUUAAUUAUGAAAUUACUACGCUUUGUCAUUGCAGAUACCAUGCAGUGUUAGCCUGGUCCGACUCUAGUAAUAAAAUAAAUCAACAUAUAAUUGUGUAUCUUUUAUUUAGUCAUAAGCUGAUUUUUUUCACAAUAUAACUCUGUUAAUUUACUUAGGUAUGUAUUGUACAUCUCAAUUAAUUCAUUUUAGGUUAUUAAGAAAAAUUUUAUUUGUUUUUUAAGUUUUUAUUUUUAUUUUUUUUUAGUAUAAUAAAUUUUUUAUUUAUAAUUUAUAUUAUUUACAAUGUUAGUGGGGGAAGUAAGUGCAGAAAUAAUGUAUGGAGCAGUAUGCACUUUUCACUCAGGCCACGCCCCUUGGCACGAUUGUUCCUUGGCUCAUGCUUAGCUGAUCGAAUGGCCUAGCCAAAGAUUAACUCCGUGUUCCGACUCAUAAAGUUCAUCUCAUACGCAGGGCAUUCGUUCAGCGGCAUCGUCUGACACAAAACGGUACAUUCAGGGCACUUGCUUCCCUAGUAUGUUACACUCAUUAUAAAUUAGUACCAAUCAUCUGGAAAUUUAACUUUACUUGUUGGUGUUACAGUCAGCGUCAAAUACUUCGUAGCAGUCAAAGUAGCCAAAUAGUUCGGUACACCAUAUAUUUAGUAUGGUGUACCGAACUAUUUGGCCACUUUGACUGCUACAAAGUAUUUGACGCUGACUGUACAUAAUCAUGCUUUAUACCAAAGCAAAACUUUUGAAAUAACUCAAUAGACCUAGAAAUGAACGAACGUAGGAAUGUCUAGGGAUUCUAAUUCAAUUUUUAUUGCUGACAAGUUAAAUGCUUUCAUCAUUCGAGAUUCAAGAUUUCAUCGACCUUACAUAUUUUUACCUGUAGAAAAAAUAAACCUAAUUGACUAGAUAAUUGUGCAAACACAGUUCCAGACUCGCUAGGUUUUAUGCCUCGCGUAUCAUAUUUGGGUACCUAUGAAAUAAAAUGUAUCAUUUGUAAUUUUUAUAAGUAAUACUGUUUUAUUUAUUAUAUUAGGUUAAAUAUUGUAAUAAAGUUAUCACUCUGCCAGUGUGAAUAAAAUUUUACCUCAUUUUGCAA